CGAGGAGAGAAGGGCUCCGAGUUGAGCUCCGCAUCGCCUCGUUCGCGCCGCCAUUGCUGGAUCUGGAAAGGAGACGCUGCUUCAUACAUUCUACGGUAAGGCAUGCAGGGAACCAUGCAUAUGCAGGCAGGGGGAUGCAAACAAACUGUGUGUAUCACUCACUCACAUCAACGGCUCUGUGCGUCGGUCCUUCAGGUCUGCGUGGCGCGUCUGUGAGUGAAUUGUCGGGCCUUACGCUGCGCUGUGCAUCCGGCUUCCCGAUAUGCUCCGAUAUGCCGGCCGGUGCUGCGAUGCCGUCAUUGACGCGCACAACAAACUCGCUGACACAUCCUUCCCAUGGUGAGUGAGGCAAUGGAUGGAUGACGCACUUGGAUCCAUCUGUGUGUGUGCAGGUUCCCCUUUCUGUGCUUUCGUCCGUCUUCUCCUGCGGAGCCGAUCAAGUUGAUUACCACGGUGCUGAUGGCGCCGUGCUUCGCACUCCUGUUCAACGCACUCAUGACCCUUUACAGGUGCGUCCAGACACACACACACACACACACACAGAGAGAGAGAGAGAUGAGUGUGUGUGGAUGGAUGGAUGGAUGGCAUGACAUGCAGUGUGUUUCUGUAUCGGCAUCCCUUCUCUCUCGAGUCAACGGCCAUCGCGUACCUCUAUUGGUGUUUGGGCUUUCUGGUGUGGUUCAACAUAUGCACGCGGCCGCUGUGGAACAUCAGGGCGUACCGCUUACUGAGGGGGGACAGCGGCGGGGAGCUGCUGGAAGAACAGCAGCAAGUGGAUGACGAACGGGCAUGAGUCAUGCGAUGCGUGUG